AAACUUGCGCCCAAGUCUUUAUAACCCAAGACACCCCUAGCUUCAGUUUCCAUUCUCUAUUUUCUCGUUCUCUGUGAGUCUGUAUCAAAUUCAAUCAUUUUCACUGCGGAUAUACAUCAUAUUCUGUUAUAUAAAGUAUUGGUGGCCUUCGCUCACACUAGUCCUGUGAUCUAGCUCGGUUCCGAUUUCGGAUUUCGGAUUUCGGAUUUUCUCUCAUGGAGUUUGGGAGAUUUCUGUGCCUCUUGUUCUUGGUUUGCUUGACGUGUUUUCUCCCUGCAACAGAAGGUUACAAGUUUUACGUUGGUGGAAGAGAUGGGUGGGUUUUGAAACCAUCUGAGAGUUACAAUCACUGGGCUGAGAGGAAUAGGUUCCAAGUCAAUGACACUCUCUAUUUCAAGUACAACAAAGGAUCGGACUCGGUUCUGGUGGUGAACAAGGACAACUUCUUCAACUGCAACACAAGCAACCCCAUUCAGAAACUAGACGAGGGCAACUCCGAGUUCAAGUUUGAUAGGUCUGGACCGUUCUACUUCAUCAGUGGCCAAGAUGGUAACUGCGCCAAUGGUCAGAAGCUGAUCAUCAUCGUUCUCGCCGUCAGGCAGCGUCAAACUCCUCCUUCGGCUGCGCCACCACAAGGCUCAGCCCCAGCUCCAGCUCCAGCAACUGCUCCAUCUUCAUCAUCAUCACCCUCACAUGCCCCAAGUACUAACCCAGUAACAUCUCCAGUCCCAGCUCCGGCAGCCACUACUACUCCAACCUCGUCUCCUCCUAGCUCUGUCGGGACCGCACCAACACCGUCCGGAGAUACUCCGUCCGGGGACGUGAUGUCACCACCACCGGGGUCGAACCAGAACUCAACAGCACCGAAAGGAAACGGAGCGUAUGGUGUAACGGCAUCGAGUGUGUUGGUGUCUUCAGUUGUUGUUUUGGUCAGUUUGGCUUUUGUGAGCAGCUUUUAUUAGGUCAAAUUUAUGGAAGUUUCAUAAAUUUUAUUGGCAUUUUUAUUCAUUCCAUUUAGAUUUUUUGUUGUUGUUGUUGCUGGGAUCAUAUGUGUAUGUUGAGAGUUGAGAGAGAGAUAGAGAGGAUUCAUUUGGGUCCAUUAUUGUUUGUUUAUUGUACUACAAUUACCAAUGGAACUUUCAUAAAUUUAUGGAAGUUUCAUAAAUUUUAUUGGCAUUUUUAUUCAUUC